GUAUUAACAUUGGAUUUGGAUUCUUGUAUAUAAAAAGGGAUUUUCUCGUAGAAUUUCAAGUCAUUACAGUUAUCAUUUCAAUUGAUCAUCACAUUUACUUUCACACCAAGAUUUUAAUAAAAAAUGAAACCAACUUUAUUAUUUGCUUUAAUUGCUGUUGCAAUUUCAAGCUCAUUUGCAGUUAAAAUCAAGGGUUCAUGUCCCAAACCUGAACAACCCAAAGUUGAUUAUUGGUACUUCAAUAAUUUUGUAGGAGACUGGAAAGUUAUUGGUCGAAGUGAACAAACUGUCCCAAGAACUGUCUACAAUACUCUUGAGAUUAACCACCUUUAUCCUGGAAAAGCUGUCGUUAUCGAGAAAGGUUCAACCAGAGACAAUGUUGUCCAGUCACUUUGGGACAAGUAUAUCGAAAUGACUGUUGGUGAAUUCAAUGGAAGAUCAUAUUAUGAGCUUGUAUCAGAGGGCUAUACACCCUACUCAUUCACCUUCGAAACUUCAGAUGGUCAACGAGGUAAAUUUUGGAUGCCUUAUUAUGACAAUCCUAAAUAUGAAGAAGCCGUCUUAGCAAGUUGUGUUAAAAUUGACGAUUCAACUGUUGAUGUCAAAGCCUGGUUUGUUUCAAAGACUAAAGGAGCUUCAGCUUCACAAGAAGUUAAGGAUCUUGUUAAAUCAUUGACUGGACAAGAAUUGAUGCAAAUCUGUCAAGGAAACUUCUGUUGAUUCGUCAUAUUGUGAUAUCGAUACGAGAUGGAAUCCACAAUUAAACUCAUCAUCUGUUGAUUUAUUUUUCUCAAAUAAGAAUAUUAAAUAAUUUUUCAAAAUUAAA